CGGAUUUUAUUCGCAUGUCAAGGUUAUCACGGGUGACCACUCCAGAAAUAGAUAUAUAAAUGGAAAUGGAUUCAUUCUUUCCAAUAAGAAACCUCGCGGUUUACUGAAACGUGAAAAAUGACGUCAACAAAUCUAUUCAAAUUUAUUUUUUUAGUAUCAAUAUUAGUUGAUACGAAUUGUACAUCUGCCGACGAUGUUAAUGGCACUAUAGUUGAAAUAGAAACAGGAAAAAUCCGAGGUCGCAUUUCGAAAAGCGAAAAUGGCAACGACUAUUAUUCUUUCCAAGAAAUUCCUUACGCAGCCAAACCGACGGGAGAGAAUAGAUUUCAACUUCCUAAAUCUCCAGAGCCGUGGUCGGAUAUUUUGAACGCUACGGAAGGUACGAAAAUCUGUUAUCAGUUCGAACCGCAACUAAGUAGUACUGUAAUGAGCGAAGAUUGUUUGUAUCUAAAUGUAUACACACCCCAAAAACCAGGUAGCGAUAAUCUUUUACCAGUGCUGUUUUGGAUCCACGGAGGUGGUCUUCAGUCCGGAUCCAGUACAUUGUAUGGACCAAAAUACUUCAUGGACCAUGGGGUGGUUGUUGUUACGAUAAAUUAUCGUUUAGGAGCUUUUGGAUUUGUUGGUACUGAUGAUGGUGUGAUUCCGCCUAAUUUGGGUCUGAAAGAUCAAUUGUUCGCUAUGCAAUGGGUUAACAGGAAUAUUAAAGCCUUCAGUGGUAACCCCGAACAAGUUAUCAUAGCCGGAGAAAGCGCUGGGUCGAUUUCUGUUGGGUAUCACCUCACAGGACCGUGGGUUGACGAUAAACAAAUUUUCCACGGGGCUAUAAUGCAAAGUGGUAGUGCACUCGCUGAUGAAUUGAAACUGGAAAACACUACGGAUGCGGCUUUCAAAAUGGCUUUAGCCAUAGAUCCGACGUUUUCUUCUCAGGAUACUAAAGAACUUUUGAAAUUUCUCCAAAGCGCAAACGCUACAGAUAUUGUAAACUCUGGAGUAUCUAAUGGUGUGGCAUUGGAGAAAAACGGGGGGCUGAUUUCCGAAGAUGCUUACCCAGCGUAUUUGAAGCAAAGUUAUAAGAAAGUUCCCGUGUUAAUUGGGUUCAAUUCUGAGGAAUAUUUGUUUUUUUAUAGAGAGAACGAGACUGUUUUGAAACAACUCGACGAAACUCCUAGUAAACUCAUCGGUACAAUGAUAAACAUGUCUCAGGAAAAUCGAACAGUCGCUGGUAAUUUAUUAAAACAAUUGUAUACAAACAACACGAGUUUCGAAGAAAAUGUGGGCGGAUAUAUUAGAUACGGCAGCGAUCAUAUGUUUAUAACGGCCACGUGUAAACAAGUUGAAUUAGCUUCCCCCGAUGUCCCCCAUUAUUUCUAUCAAUUAUCUUAUAAAGGGGAGAUCGCAGGGAAUAUGACAAAUACAAACACAUUACCCCCAGGCGUGGGUAAUGUGGCGCACGGCGAGGAUUUAUGUUAUAUGUGGGACCUUGGUUCCAAUAGCGAUCUCAGUCAAUUUCCCGAACAAGAUGGCGUGAUGUUACAUAAUAUCGUUAAAUUAUGGACGAAUUUCGUUAAAUAUUUCGAUCCAACCCCCGAACCCGUUGGUAAUAUCACUUGGUUACCUUCAGAACCAUCGACACUUAGGUAUCUCAAUUUAAAUACGACUUUCGAGAUGUUGGAACACCCAAGGCAGUACCAGCAAGUUAAGGAAGUAUUGGAAACCUACAUGGAACUACCUUAUAGAGUUUUUAAUUGAUGGAAUUUCGAAAAUAAAUUUUGGACAGUGAAAA